GUUUGGCGUUCCCUCUCGUACUUCGUGCCAUUAGGAUAAGACGCGCAAUCGCAUGGCAGACAGGAAACAGCAGCUGGUGCUUUCCAUCAUCGACUUCCUGAACAAGUCCAUAGAUGAUGGAACCAUCAAGCAGGACGACAGGGAAGGGCUGGAGGUAGCAAUCCAGUGUAUCGGCGAGGCCUUUGGGGUCGAUCCGUCGGACGACAGGCAACGCGAACAGCUCACCAUCAAGCCCGCAACACUCCAGUCCAUCUUCGAGGUCUUCCUCAAGACGCGCCGUAAGGUGUCUCCGUCUACCGCUCCCUCGUCCGGCGGCCCCUCCACCACAAAGGCUUCUCCACCGUCAGCAGAAGCUAAGAAACAGGCGGAGGCGCACAAAGCUAAAGGAAACGCGCAUAUGAAUGCCAAGAAUUAUACCGCUGCAAUAGAUGCUUACACGAGCGCAAUCGCCCUUGACCCUUCCAAUCCCGUAUUCUACUCUAAUCGCGCCGCUGCACACACGAGCAAGGGCGAUAACGCUGCCGCGGUGCUCGACGCUGAGAGUGCGAUCGAGGUUGAUCCGAACUUCGUUAAGGCGUAUUCGAGAUUGGGUCAUGCACAUUACACGCUUGGUAACUAUCGUGCUGCAGCCGACGCCUUCAAAAAGGGUACUGAACUAGAUCCGACGAACGAGAACCUCAAAUCCGGACUUAAAUCCGCGCUUGACCGCGUGUCAGACGACGACGAUUCUCCGCCUCCACUAAUUCCAGAGGAUCAACUGCGACCCUCUUCACCUUCCUCAGCGUCUACCCGGGGUGCAGGCGGUGGAGCAGGCACAGGUGGACUCCCCAACAUGGCCGGUCUGGCAGACAUGUUCCGCAACAUGGGCGGCGCUGGUGGGGCAGAAGGUGGCGGCAUGCCCGAUCUCGGAAGUAUGAUGAACAACCCAAUGAUGAUGCAGAUGGCCCAGCAACUCAUGGCAAAUGGCGGACUCGAGCGGAUGAUGUCCAAUCCAUCCGUGGCAAAUAUGAUGAAUCGUGUACAGAACGGCGGCGGCCUUCCCUCCAUGGAAGAACUCAUGUCUGAUCCAACUAUGCGCAACCUGUAACCGUCUCAUUUUCCGUCAGGUUACCCUCUUUCGUACUUACGCGUGUCCUACAGAGCUAGUCAAUUUGGCGCAGGUUCAGGUGGUACCCGUUGAGCAAUGAAGAGUUUUUUGUUUGCAAGGUUCCAGCGCCAGGUAACACAAUGAUUUUUGUCUUUGGAGAGUUGUUGGUCUGCACCACAAUACUAUAUGCACACGUUACAUACAAUAAAUGAAAGGGAAAGCCGAGACGAUUAGGUGUGGAUCAAGGAAGUGUGCUAGAUCUACUCUAGACAUACAUACGUACCGCGAAGAGUCAAGGACGACCA